CCAGGAGCUUUUUGUGACUCAGACAGAAUUACCCUCCCAGCCCUCCCAAGCCACUAGCCCAGACAGUGAAGCUAUGGAAGCGACCUCUGCUGCACAUUUUUCAAGCCUCCCUACUCUAUCCCAGAGGCUCUCUCAGAUAAGGCGGAGGAAAAAGAAGACGCGAGACGAAAUGUUCUCGGAAAUCAUGGAAGUAACCCGCAAUGAAAGAGCUCAUCUGAAUGACUGGAAGGACAUGGUAGCAAAGUACAGGAAAGAUGCUAGUGAACGUGAGGACAGGAGGGACCAACGUGAGGAUAGGAGAGACGCUCGAGAUGAGAGGUGGCGGCAGGAAGAUCAGAGGUGUAGGCAGGAAGAUCAGUGGUGGCGGGAUGCAACGCUGGAGCUGCUGCGUGAUCAAACUGAUAUCCUCCGACGUCUGGUGGAUCUUCAGGAAGAGCAGCAGGGUCACAGAGUGCCGCUGCAGCCCCUGUGUAACCACCCUCACCACUCACCAUGUUCCAUAUCUUCCUCACCCAGACGUGUAAGAACGCGUGGGGGAAGGCUUCGUGCACCCGCCCACUCCACCCCCGUGGCCAGUCCAAUCAAAAGGCUGUCAUUACAUUGAAAUGUAUUUAAAGGCCUUUUCCUUCCCUCCUAUGCUCCUCCCAAACCACACCCGGGAUACCUUGUCAGUUCUCUGCCUCUUU